AUGCAAAGCGACAAUGGAUCGUACAGUAGUUCUAAUGAUUUGCUGGAUAGCCAUGUACUGGGACACGACAAGUUGGGAGUGCCAGCCAUGGAGAGAUCCACCAGAUCGAGUCUUGAUGCCCAUAGUGUUGAAAUUGGUGAAAUAACAGAAUCUCCGGACACGGAAUAUAUGAGUACAUCAGCUAUAUUACAUUAUUGUAAAUCAAAAAUACUACUUCCGUAUUUAAAAUUGUUAACCGUAAUGGGAUUACGACCGGUUGCAGACGCAUCGAACUCCUCUAAAUAUUCAAUUUGUAUAUCGCAUUUUCACUCUGCACAGGUUGCAGUAUUUAUGUUUCUCGGGUAUAUUCUUCAAUAUAUGGCAUGUUUUAGGAGAGACAGAGGAUUUUGCUACAAAUUAGUACCACUUGCUUUGUCAUCAUCAUUAGAAUACGAUUCAUAUAGACAAGUUUGUUAUGGCAAUAUAGCAUUCACAUAUAUCGGACCAAGCGUUUUACAUUUUACAGGGUUCCUCUAUGCACUUUAUUUGUUCAGAAUAGCUGAUAAUGAACAGUUGCAAAAUUUAAUGGAAAGGGUGUUCCUUUUGUCAUCUUAUGCGCCUCAAGGGAUGCCUUCUGUGAAACCAAAAAGACUUUUGCGCAUGCUGUGGUUUUUUAUUAUAUUAAGCGUUAUUUGGAUGUGUAUUUCUCUUUGCUCUGUCAAUUUGAUGAUGGCUAAAGGAACCAUUAUAUUUAAAUGGAUGGAAACAAGUUCCACCGACGUUAUAUUAGGACUGAAGAUCCUACUCAUAAUAUGUACACUCAUCCAUGAUAUGGUUCAGGCUACUGUUAUAACGAGUUAUUGUCUUCAAGCACAGCUUCUGCAAGCACAUUUGAUGUUUUUGAAGGAACGUCUGUUAAACCGAACUAUAACCCCUUUGAAUUGGAUGAGGGAGAUUGCUGAAUUUCGUAAAUUAUUGAAAUAUUUGAAUGACGAUUUAGCCCCAGCGGUCUGUUUAUUUACGAUAGUAAAUAUUUCGUGGGCAGCUUCGGGCGUUAUGUGGUUACUGAAUUUAGAUAAAGUUGACACCGGCACGGAACCCAUCGUCGGCAUCAGUGUACUGAAUCAACUACUGUGGAUAUCUGCCGUCAUGGUGCCCUUCAUUCAGGCGGCAAGACUGUCAGAUGAAUGCCAUCGCACUCAGUCCGUGGGUCACGAGUUGUGUGUGAGACCAUUUCUCCACCAAGACACGUCCCAGGAGGACAUCAGUACUGUCCUCGCCUACUCCGCCUCGCUACAACUACGAGCCAAGCUGUUCUACUAUCCCAUAGCCGGCAGAUACAUAUGCUUAGUUUUCACGACAACUAUCAUAUUACUAUUUACAUUAGGAAUGUGUCAUUAUUUGCAAUGA